AUGGACCCACAAGACCCGGAGGAUGAGAUACAGGGAAUGGAGAUCCCGGCAGGCUUUCGUAUCCAAGAAGCUAAACCCGUUGCUCUUGGCAGAUUGCUUUUGCGGCGUGGAGUGCUCGUUAGGCUGGGCAUGGGUUGGUUUGGAGGGCUGAUCACUCAACAAUCUCAGAAGGACACUCGCCACCUGUACGACUACUGUGUGCAGCUGGAGCUAGACCAGAGUACGCGCAAGAUGAAGUUGCCCUUAGACAAGUGCAGCGGAGAUUUGGAUGCGGCUGUAGGCUCCUGGGUUUUGCGUGAGAGCAUUAGUAGAUCAGGAAGGGUACGCAGGACUAACGUCACCCUUGUGGACCAAGAAGGUGGACAGUUGCUGCUCCAUGCCUUGGUAUUUUCUUGUAUCGACAGCAGGACUAUUGUUGCUCAUGGUUGA